AUGCUGGCUCUCGGUGGGCGGGGGUGCCAAUCUCGUUUCUGCCUCGUCGCUGCCCGGCGCCUUUCGAACGCGGGUUGCGUGACAACAAGUUAUGGAAGAAAUGUCUACAAGCUUCGUGCUCAAAAUACAUCUUCUCAGCGAGUCAUCCCUCCGGCCGAUUUCACGUCGGCCAGACGCUUUUCUACGACUUUCCCACAUCAUCAGACGCUACAAUCGUCCGACGUCGCACCAGAGACGCAGCGGACUCUUCAGGAACGAACCGCACAAGUCUAUCGAGUCCUUCGCAAUGGCGAACCGAGACAGAUACUCUUGACUCUAGGCGAUCCAAUAAAUUCAGAGGUGGUCAAUUUAUUGCCCGACAGUGUUUUCGUCUCGGCUCUCCUCCGUCUGACGCCGGAAUUUUUCCUUGAGCCUUUCCUGGAUAUACUAACGCCGAUGCAUGGGGCUCUUUUAGAAAUCAAAAUGGUCAACACCCAUACCGAUUUGAAACAUCAGUUCUUGAUGCCUCUGAACCAGAUCCUAAUAGCACGGACCGCCGAUGGUAAAAGAAUGGGUCUCGCCGAGUAUCGACAUCUCCUUCGAAUUGCAGCUUCGCUUGGCGAGCUGAAAAAGACGGAUACAAUUUGGAGGAGGAUGGAACGUGACGGAGUUGAGCCAGAUGCUCAAUGCUACAACUUCAUGAUGCACGCCGCCGUAUGGGAACUUGCGGUUUAUGGACCCUCGCGUCAUCAGUUACGCGUAUCACCAUACUAUUAUCGGCAACGACGCCAUGGUGAAAUGAUCAAAGGAUUCGGUACGGCUGGGAGAAGUGUGCGAAAAGAAGUGCGUUCCAUUUUUGCAGAUAUGCAAAGGCUGGAAUUAACUGCCGACGAAGACACAUACAUAAACCUUCUUCUUGGGAGCGCUAGGGUUGGGAGUCGGCAGGACAUGAAUGAUAUUCUGAAAGACGUAUGGAUGAUUGAUGUGAAGGCUAUACUGACCAAGUCUCCUGACCAACUUCCUGCUGCCAGGCCGCUUGUGGAAUCGUCGCCAAUAUAUCCGACCCGCAAGUUGCUCUUUGCAGUUGCGCACGCGUAUGGAUGCAACAGUCAAGUCAGGGAGGCGCUGCUAAUAAUCAACUAUAUUUCACAACAAUAUGGAAUCGAAAUCACGGAUGACAUAUGGGCCGAGUUAUUUGAACGGGCAUUUGUUCUUUCUCGAAGACGUGUCGGUAAAUUUAGCAAGGAAUUUAAUUGGGGCAAAGUUGAUCGCGGGCUACUCUUCGAGCUCAAAGGCAUGUUACGACUUGACGGCCAGCCUUAUGACAUGUCUGUGUACCACAAGCUUGCAAAAUCUACCUGCCAUCAUAGACUAUAUCGCCCGUUUCAGGAAGUGGCAAGAGAAGCGUAUCAGUUGCUGCGGAGAACACGAAGAGAGCGCAAUCACGCACUCAGAGUACUGGAGAACUCCCUCAAUAUUCCUUUGCGCAUCGGAUCUGUCUUUCUUCCUAUUGAAGAGUCCGCCUUGCGGGAGAAAUGUGAAGGACCACAUGUCUGGAGAGCUCUUGAAAAAUAUGAAAGACUUCGUUUAUUAGUCCAGCAACAACAAAUUCUGAUGGAGAAAAUAGUCGAGGCCGCAGUCGAUCUGAAACGGUGGACGGAUCGGUGGGACUUCGAGUGGACCCAUCGGCUCCUCCCAAGAUUCCUUGCGGAGUGGAAGGACUUCCUUCCGGAAUCGUACAGCAUCACCCUUCCUAGCCGUGCCGGUAAGAUAGAGUUCCGUGGCAGGACGAAUUUCGAGAAUGCAAAUAUACGAAUCCAUAACAAUGAGCCAGUUCGUUGGUCAGAUUGUGGGGAGUUUGUUGCGGACGAAGAUGAGCAGAUUCAGCCUAGGCAUGAAGCUCUAUGGAAGCAUGUCAGAAAUCGCCUUGGGGAACUUCAUAAUUUUCUGCCUCUACAGUGGCUCUUGCUAGCGGAAUUGAAGCAAGACCCGGACUACUCCCAAGAAUUGCCUAAGCCGGAAGCAUCGGACAAACCGGACAAGUUGAAGGAAGAAUCAAGACUUGAUGCCGUGGCAGAGAUGAGCGCAUGGGAUGGGCGACGACAAGAAGGCGUUUCACAGGAUUCCAGACCCGAUGACGCAACGGAGCAGAGCGUACGGGAUAGUUGGACUGCGAAAUCACAAGACGCCGAAAAUGAAGUUCCACAGCAUUGUUUCUAUGUCUCUAUGAUACCUGUUUGUGACAUUGCCUUAUGA